CAAUCAAUCAAUCAAUUCAAACGAAUUUGUGCCGACAGCUAACCGAUUCAUAAUUUUGUUACCGUGAAUAUUAUUUCGAACAUAACUUUAUUAUCAUCAAGUGUUUUCAUUUACUUGUGUGUGUAUCAGUUAUAGUGAUAAAACAUAACAGUGUAUUCAUGUGACAAAGUGACCAUAUUGUUCGACUUCGUAUACAAGGCACUGCGGAGAAAGAGACGGAUGCGACAAGUCGAAUUGAAGUUCAGAAAACUCGCAAGUGCUCCAGUGAUAUGUCGUGAAUUUUGGUGUAAUUUUCCGUCUGUAGAAAUAUUUCGAAAUUUAAAGUUUUUGAAGGUUAUGCGAGUUCUGUGAUUUUUAAUUAAUUUCCACUCAUCAAAAUCCGUUCGAUAGUGCUCAAAUGUCGAUGUCGUGUUAAUAGUGCUCUAACAGUUCCUUACAAUGGCUAGUGACUCAAAUAUAAUUCGUCCACAAAGUGAAUUAAUCAGUGAAUUUACAAAUUUAUCAUAGUUUUUUAAUAAAAUGAAAUAAUCUACAAAGGAAUUGAGAACAGCGCCAUCUGUUGUCCAGUAGCUGCAAUGUGUACAUGAUAAAAUGGAGGCCGGUUUCAUACCGGUAGCCGCGAGCGGCAACGCUGGAAAUAAUGCGUUGCCGCCUGCAGUGGUGGCGCCACAGGUGAAUGUAGUCCGAGCGCCAGGCCUGAAGCGCGGGAAAAUGGAAGAAGCGAUUUCAGAUCGAAUCAAGUUGGAGACGGUGUUCGGGCUGACGGUGAGCAGUAACGCGGCUCUCGACUGCGACCCUAAUACUGAAGUCGUCGCAUAUCCUGCAGGAUGUACGGUGGUGUUGUACAACGUGCGCAAGAACCGUCAGUCGCACGUGCUGAACGCGUCGCGCAAGAGCGUCACGUGCGUUGCGUUCUCGCCGGACGGCCGCUACCUCGCCACGGGGGAGUGUGGACACGCGCCCGCUGUCAGGGUAUGGGAUCUGCAGGAUCCAUCAGCGUCAGGAGCAGUGCAGAUCGCGGAGUUCCCUGGACACACGCAUGGCGUUAAUUGUGUCGCUUUUUCUACAUCGUCCAAGUAUCUAGUCUCGGUUGGUUCCCAACAUGACAUGAUAGUCAAUGUCUGGGACUGGCGUGCCAACCUCAAACUUGCUAGUAAUAAGGUUUCGUCUCGAGUGAAGGCGGUUAGUUUCUCAGAGAGCGGGAACUAUUUCGUGACAGUGGGCUUCAGACAUGUCAAGUUUUGGUAUCUGGAAUAUUCGAGAAAUGCCAAGUUCAAGGAGCCAGUGCCGCUGAUGGGCAGGUCUGCUAUCCUGGGCGAGCAGAAGGACAACGAGUUCUGUGACGUGGUGUGCGGGCGCGGGGAGGCGGCCGACAGCACCUACGCCAUAACACGCGGAGGGCUGCUCUGCGAGUUCAACAGCCGUCGGCUACUCGAUAAAUGGGUCGAGUUACGGACGACGUCAGCCAACUGUAUGGCGAUCGGGUCUAAUUACAUCUUCGUGGGUUGUGCGGAGGGCAUCGUGCGAUGCUUCGCGCCGGACUCGCUGCGCUACGUCACGACGUUGCCGCGCACGCACUACCUCGGCGUGGACGUCGCACAGGGAGUCAACAUCAACCACAUGUUCUCGCAGCCGGGCAACGCGCGCUACCCGGACGCGAUCGCGCUCACAUACGACGAACGCAACCACAAGCUGACGUGCGUCUACAACGACCACAGCCUCUACGUGUGGGACGUACGAGACAUCAAGCGGGUGGGAAAGUCCCAUUCGGCGCUGUACCACUCUGCGUGCAUCUGGGGCGUGGAUAUGGUGUGUGGGGGCGUGUCCGGGGAGGGGGCGGGGGCGGGGCUGGCGCCGGGCCGCUUCCUCACCUGCUCCAGCGACGAUACCGUGCGCGUGUGGAGCCUGCAGCCCACAGGACCUAAUAUAUACAGCAAUGAAUUAAAUAAAAUAGUAUACAUAGACCCCGAGCUGAAGUUUCUAAAGGACGUUGACCUGACGGCCACCAGCGAUAGAGACAAGUCAAAAAGCUAUGAUGAUAAAAUCGGUGUCAGAUGCGUGCGCGUGUCGCCGUGCGGGCGGCACGUGGCGGCGGGCGACCGCGCGGGCAACGUGUGGGUGCACUCCGCGGAGGGCGCGCCGCUGCACACGCUGGAGGCGCACGACGCGGAGGUGCUCUGUCUGGAGUACUCCGCCAACCCGCGCCUGCUCGCCUCCGCCUCCAGGGACCGCCUGGUGCACGUCUUCUUAGUCGAUAGGGGUUACCAGAUCCUGCAGACGUUGGACGAGCACUCCUCCUCGAUCACGGCGGUGCGGUUCCUCAGCUCCAGCGCCGGCCUGCAGAUGGUCUCCUGUGGAGCUGACAAGACCAUACUCUUUAGGCAACUCAAAACUACUCAGGACGGCAGUUACCAAUUCGCCCGAGGUCAGAACGUGUCGGGUCGGACCACGCUAUACGACAUGGAGGUGGACGCGGGCGGCCGACAUAUACUUACAGCUUGUCAGGAUCGGAACGUGCGAGUGUACAGCGCGGCGCACGGCAGACAUACGAAGACGUUUAGAGGCACCACCGCUGAAGAUGGUACACUAAUUAAGGUUGCAUUAGAUAACAGCGGUAUUUACUUAGCCACAUCGAGUACGGAUAAAAUCCUCAGCGUGUAUGAUUACUACUCUGGUGAAUGUAUGGCCACCAUGUAUGGACAUUCGGAAAUUGUUACCGGUUUAAGGUUCACCCCCGACUGCCAGCACCUGGUGUCGGCGAGCGGCGACGGGUGCAUCUUCGUGUGGCGCGUACCACACGACAUGGUGGUCACCAUGCGCGCGCGGCUGGCGCAGCAGGCGAUACGGCAGGGCAGGAAAGUGCCAGUGGGCAGUAACGGUGCGUCAGGACUGGACAGCGAGACUGACUCGCAGCUGGGCUCGCCGCCGCGCGCCUUGCCAGACACUACAAAGUUCGGCACGCCUGUUGUCGCUGAUUAUACGUUAAGGAUAGGCAAGCUGCCGUCGUGGGCUAAGAAGAGUCUGGGGGAUGAGCUGUCAGCCCCCGGGGGCGGGGCGGUGCCCGCCGCGCCCGUCGCCACGCCCCCCGCGCCGCCCGCCCGCGGCAAGUGGGCCACCAGGAUACAACCCGCUAAUGAUAAACGGGUUGACUCCGAUGGUUCAAAAGAUAGUUCUUUAGACAGUGGAACUGACACAAGGUAUAUCGAGAAGAGAAGAGACCUAAAUGUUAAACAGCGGCCGAAAUCCCUCAACCUGUCUCAGCUGCCGCGAGUCGAGGCUCUGUUCCGUCACUUUGACGCCACUAUGAAAGCGACAUGCGACAUUUUGACAAUCUCUCCAAGAGUCGAGAAGGUAACGUUAAAUCUGUCAAAGCGAGCUGACGGUCGCACGCGACACCACACUGAUGACUCGUCGCUCGGCAGUUUUAAAUACGAGGAUCAAGAGUCGACCGAACACGACGGUGAUAUCGAAGACAUAUCUGACGGAGAACGAACGUCGUCUUCCGAGAGCCGGAACAGGCCUACGUAUUACCCUGGCAACAAUGAUGAUGAUACACCAGGCGAGUUCAUGGUGAACGCGAUGGACGCGGAGGAGCUGCGGCAGUCGCUGCGGCGCUCCAAGCGCUGGCGCGCGCAGUCGCCGCGCCACGACCUGCCGCCCGCCGCCUCGCUCAGCGGCUCCGGACACGACUCCGAUGACGAUGAGGUAUCAACGCCAUCUGGCGACAACGCGGAGCGCAACCCGCUGUCGGGGUCGUGCGAGUCUAUCGACACGGCGGGCCGCCGCGAGCUCUACCUCAAGUCCGCCUUCGACAGCCUCAGCGGCGUCGAGCUCGACUCCGCGCUGCCUGGAGGCAACAAGUCGCUGUCGGCGCAGCACCUGUCGCGCACGCCGGCCGCGCGGCCCGACCCCGAGGCCGCGCGCCGCCGCGAGGAGCUGCAGCGCAGGAUACUGGAGACCAGGCGACAGCUUGAGAACGUGGCCUUUCGGUCAAAUCUCAAAUCGAGUCAGUCCACUACGGAUUUGUCCUACAUACCAGAAAAGGAUAAUUCUCGUCGGAACAGACCUGUCUCGAUGGCCGUGCCCAACAACUCUCGAACUUACGCGAGCCGCACGCACCUCUCGCCGCCGGAGCGCGAGGACGCGGGCGGCAUGAGGAGGGCGAUAUCGCUGUCCGACCUGGCUAAGCCCGUGCCGGCGCCGCGCACGCCGCAAGCUCCGGUGAAGUCAACUCCGCCGACGAGCGCGAACUCGAGCAAGUCUCCGAGUGGGUUCGUGCGGCCGGCGCCGCGGUACAACAGCAAGUCCAGUAUGACGAGGAGUUCCAGUGUCGGUGUACUAAAUCAGAGUGAUUCAGAAUCAGACCCGCAGCCGUCCCGUCAGGCGGCGUCGCGCGUGCAGGGCCUCAUGCGGCCCACCAUCAGCUCCAUGAACAAGGCCACCGCCAACACGGCGCGCAGGCGCGGCCUCGUCAACUCUUAUAGUACCGCGAGUGUGUCGACGGUGGCGCGCGAGGAGUCCAGCUCGGAGGCGGAGGAUAGAGGCACUAGCGAGCCCCCCGCGCCCGCGCCGCGCCCCCGCGCUGCCUCCGCUGACAGGGCGCAAAGAAGACUCGGACGCAGUGGCAGCGAACGCGAUCUGUCAGCGAAAGCGCGCGAGGUGACCGCCCGGCUGACGACCAACACGCGGCAGCGCGCUAAACCUGAACCCCCACCUGAAAAUAAUUUGUCGCCGUCGCAGCUGUGCCUGGCGCUGACGGAGCAGCUGACGAAGACCGCGGGCAAGGUGGUGCACCUCUACCGCCGCCUGCAGCGCGACCCCAGCGCCGCCGCCGACAUCGGCGGUUUAGAAGCGGCGAUACUGGAGACGCAGAAGGUGUUGCGGGGCGCGGUGCAGCGCGCGCAGAACGGCGAGGCGCCCAGCAGCCUGUCCUCCACGGACGGCGACUGCCGAGCACUCAACGUCGACUCCACAAGACAGAAGCUGGAGAACCUCGUCUCUAAAGAAGCGAACGCAGCGGGUAACCCUGCAAUGUCACUAAUCGAGCAGUACUCCGACAUCUUGCUGAACAUGAUGCAGAGUAAGAUGGUGAACCAGUUCUCCUCCAGCCCGCAGAGCCUCCCGCCCGCCGGCAGGGAGCCCGGCGCCGACAGCUAGUACCAACUAUAGACUUAACGUGAUCAAGUUACGAAGUGUUUUAUAACCGAGUUACCUGUGCGGAGCCGAUGUACAGUUUGAAUUAGUCGAGUUAUACGACAGAAGGUACAGCCGAGUUACGAAGUGUGUUGAUAUUGAGUUACUUGUAAGGAUCGCAUGUACAGUUUUAAUUAGUCGGGUUAACACAAGUAUGGCGACAGCGAGUUUAACACGACGUGUAGUUUUAAUUGAGUUAACACGAAGUUAGGAUGUGUCGAAUCCGAGUUACCUGUGCGGAAACCUUGUACAGUCUUAGUUAACACAAUCUAUCGGUUUUUCUUAGGGCUUGUCCCACCAUUGGCUGAUAGUCUCAGAUUUAAAAAUGAAGUUACUGUCAGAUAAGGGAACAAAAUCCGG